CCACCCCCUCCCGCCAGCCGCAUCCACACGCUCGACUCCGGCGCUCAGUCACUUCAUCUCUCUAUGGUCGUUACCAAACCAGCGCGUCCGCAAGCGGGUCGGAAGGUAUAAAGCAUCGCGCAUAAUUCUCCCGGACUGGAAGUAUUGGGAAUACACUUGCAACCCCGCUAGAAGCAAAGCGGCUUGAAGGCGAAAUAGUGAAUGGUCGUUUGUACUGUUUGGAAGUUACCGGCGACAGGGACUUAAGAAGCACAAGACGUAAUUCUAAUAAUUGAAAUGCACGUCCAAUUAUUUCCAAAAUAACAGGACAAAAACCGGGAGGCUGCGGACCAACUUUAGGUGACCGGAAGCGGGGACCAGAUUUCCAGGGCGCACUGACCUUUGACACGGAAGAAGUCUCGGGCGUUGAUGGUUGUACAGCGAUACUGCACGCUGGAUUGCAGGUCAUCCGUCCCUCCGUGCUGCCAGCAUCAUGGGAAAGGCGCGGCGGAGAAUAGCCCCGGGUUUGAGGGCCUCGGUACAACGGGAAGAAAAGAUUGAGGAGCCGGAGCCGGGAGCACCGAUCGUCACAGAGGAGGCAGACGAUUUCCACGAGCGGCGGGUGGAGGAGGCUUUGCUGGCAGCGCUGGGCAGCGAAGACGACGAGGAGGGUGAGCAGGAGGAGGUGGAGGAGGUGCUUGGACUGGAGCUCUCUGAGGAGAAUGAGACAGAAGAAGAUGAAAGUGGGGAAAACGAGGAAGUGGACGAUGACGACGAUGAAGAUAACAACCAACCCCAGGACAUGGACAGUGAUCUGGAAGAGCAGUGGGGUGGUAGUGGGAACUCCGGCCUUCCCCAUGAGUUUGCUUGGGGGCAGCGAAAACAGCUCUUUUAUGGCACUGACUAUGGCAAGGCUGCCACUCGUUCUAAAGGAGCCAAACAGAGCCAAGAGGAAUCUGAAGCUGAAGAGCUGGAGGAAGAGGAGGAGGCCCAAGCCAUUCAGAAACGGCUGGCACAGAAUCUGGGUGAGGAAGACUAUGGCCUGGAACUGAUACAGGCCUACACCGCCACAACUGAGCGGCCAAGUGAAAAAGAGUCAGGACCGAAAAUUGCCAAGGACUUGCAGUCUCUUUCUAAAAAAGAGCAGCUGAAGUUGUUGAAAAAGGAAUCUCCAGAGUUGUUGGAGUUGAUUCAAGACUUUGAAGCCAAGUUAACUGAGCUCAGAGAUGAACUGGAGCCACUAAUGCAAAUGGUAAAAGAUGGGGCCAUCCCAGAGGGAAGGGGCAGCCAAUACUUACAGACCAAAUAUCAUCUUUAUUUGAACUAUUGCUGCAACAUUAGUUUUUACUUGGUGCUGAAAGCAAAAAGAAUUCCAGUCCAUGGUCACCCUGUCAUUGAAAGGCUUGUAAGUUACAGAAACUUAAUAAAUGACUUAGGAAUUGUGGACCAAAAACUGGCACCAGAGAUUCAUCUCCUCCUCAGUGAAUUCCAUGGUAAUGACAUUGAUGGGAUGGAAGGCAGGAAGAAGUCCAUGGUGUUUGCCAGAAAGCCUGUUAAAAAAAUCAAAGCUAAACCUGUUAGCAAGCUUUCUAAUGGUAAAGUUGCUGAAGAACCUACAGAUGAUUCAGAUUUAGAUGAACAGGCUGCCCUGAAUUAUUAUAAGGAGAUGGAACAAAAGAUAAAGCUUAAGAAAAAGAGAAAACAGGAAGAAACAGAAGAUGUGGAAGAACUGAUGAUGGAAGAAGCACCAGAUCAAAAGAGAGGCGUAACAUACCAGAUUGUCAAGAAUAAAGGCCUCACACCCAAAAGGAAAAAGAUUGACCGUAACCCAAGAGUUAAGCAUCGUGAGAAAUUCAGGCGAGCCAAGAUUCGCAGGAAGGGGCAGGUUCGUGAGGUCCGAAGAGAAGAACAAAGAUAUGGAGGCGAACUGUCUGGCAUUCGUGCUGGAGUUAAGAAAAGUGUUAAGCUUAAGUGAUUCUCUUUGCAUAAUUGUUUUUUACAGACUUACAGCAGUGAAUGUGAGCUCAAUAAAUGCUUUUUUGGGAAACAAA